AUGGAGGGAUUCACUCUUGUGAGCUGCACAGGUAGCAAACCAUCAAUCUAUGACCGAGCCCUGGCAGUUUAUGUACGAUAUGCCAACGGCGACUUGGUCCGUUGCAUAGGGCAACAUUCUCAAUGGGUCCAAUUACACUGGAUAAAGAUUCGAUCUGCAGUCGCGGUUGGAGACUCAAAGCUUCCCCACGGUUGCAGAGUUUACUGGUUGGAAAGUAAUGCCGACCUGGGAUUUCAGGAAGUCAACAUUUAUGAAAGGAGCAAUGUGAAUCAGAACAGCAUUGCUGGGUUGAUCCUGGAACCCAGUACUGCAGGAUACUCCAUCGGCAACCUACCCUUGGACCAAUUCUUCGCCGAGCUUAUUCUGAAACGCUUGAAUAUGGAUAUGGUCAUCCCGCUCACAAUCCCUGAGACUUCGGUUGAUUCAACAGUUGAACAGCUUGUAAAUCUGUUCGACAAGCAGCUCCGUUACCACGUGCAGGAUGAUCAAUGGGAAUUGCAAGGCAGAACGUACUUUGCGUUAAAGGUACGAUUCUUCGUUUCCCGUAGACUCAAACUUCAGUUAUGUCUUCCGGCCUUCCCGUGCAAAUCCUCCAACCAUGAUAAGGUGAUGGGCGUUCUCCCGGACCGAGGAGAAGAAAUUGCUCUGCGUCGAUUACAUCUCUUCGUUCAACAGGUUGAACGUAUAUAUUCACCCGGCGCUUUGAUUUCGAUUAUUAGUGAUGGACAUGUCUUCAGCGACUGCAUUGGCGUUGACGAUAGAAUAGUGGACAAAUAUGGGGCAUAUCUAAAAGAGCUUAAUAAAGCCAUUGCUUCAUGCACUGGAGACGGGCAGCAUGAUCGUGUCCAGUUUCAGUCCCUCAUCGACCUAUUGAAUCUGGAUCACUCCGUCCUCGCUUCCACGGCGAACAAAGACGAAUUACUCAAUCUUCCACAGCUCCAUCACGACCUGCCAACCACGCUCGAUGAAAUCGCUGAGACAUGCCGCCGUAUCUUAAUAGCAGGCUGCCAGCCCUCAAGAGAGAACCUACGAACUCAGAUUGACUCCCAAAACAGCCCAACGUUGGCCCUAUAUCGCGGAUUCUCGCGAUUCAUGCUCGAAGACCUAGAUCAGCAUCCACUUACCCAAUCACUAUCGCGCUCUCGACGCAAGAAGCUAGCCGCUAAAGUGUCGUUCGAGAUGAUAUUGCGAAAUCAGGCCUAUUCCAACUUCAUUGAAUUGAUGUUUCCGGAUUAUCUGCGACUGUCUAUUCAUGCACAUAAUAAUUUAGGACCUAAGUUUGGUAUCAGGCUAUUUGAUUCCAAGACCGUGCGCGCAGUUAGCACACUGGAUUCUGUAUUUGGUAAGGAUGGAGGCGAGAGCGAGAGCGAUGAUGAUAGAGUUUCUACUUCUCACUUAUUGCAUAUCCCCACACCGUGGCAUAAUUGCGUGGCUCAGGUUGUGGGGGAUUCGAGGGUAUAUAUUGUGAAAUAUGGCAUUGUGAAGGAGGCAUUGACCAUAGACAGGUAUUAUGGUGACGUCGUCAGUGGCAAUCUGAUAGAAGGGGAAGGGGCAUUUGUGUCACUAAGAAAGCGAGAGGGGUAG